UGCAAUCAUUGUAGAUUUCAUAAACUUCAAAUCAUUUCAUAUAAAGAAAACAACAUUUUAGCGCACGUGGGCCCUAUUUAAGUUAAAAAUUUAUUUACUUGUUAAUAAAUCGUAUAUAAAAUGAUUAAAACUAAGAAACGUGCGUCGGAGAAUGACACUGAUGGACCGAUUAAGAAAAAACCCUCGAAAUUCGAAGGAGAUAAAGGAAUAAAAAAAUCUGUAAAAGGCGAAGAUUCAACCAAAGCAGAUAAAUUUUCUAAAAAAUCCACAGGAAAUGUUGGAAAAUCCAAAUUUCCUCCAAAACCUUUUGGCAAACCUGGUGCAAAUAAAUUCGCAGGAAAACCUGGAGCCAACAAAUUUGCGGGAAAGUUUAAUGGUCCCGGCAAAUUUGAUAAGAAUGCCACAGGUAAGAAGCAGGGAGCAAAAGGGGGCGCACCUGCAGAUGGGGAAAAAACGGACUGGCGCAAAUUCAAGCAAGAAAAGAAAGAACUGAAACUUAAACGUAAACAAGCCAAGGAUUCUUAUGAGGUGUCAGUGGAAGCUAAGCAAAUUUAUGAAAAGCUAAAAUGUCGUCGCACAGAAAAAAGGUCGGAGCUUGUGGAAAAGCUAUAUAAUAUACUGAAUCGUGGCGAUAUGAUAAAGAAAUUAAUAAUGGCGCACGAUACUGCACGUAUCAUACAAUGUAUGUUGAAGCAUGCUUCGCCUUCACUACGAGAUCAACUGUCCGAGAAACUACUUCCUUUAGUCGUUGAGAUGUGUGUGUCUAAAUACUCUCACUUUUGUGUAUUAAGAAUGUUCAAGUAUGGCUCACCUACUAUCAAAUCGAAAAUAGUUGAUUGUUUUAUGGGCAAUGUGGUUCGAUUAGCUGGACACAACAUAUCGAAUAAAAUUCUUGACCAUGCCUAUCACACUGUAGCAAACCCAAAACAACGUAUUUAUCUACGUCAAGAAUUUUAUGGCGAACUAUAUCGUAAUUCAAAGGAUGAAAAUGUGAAAACACUCGCUGACACUUACAAAGAUUCUCUCAAUAUGAAAAUGUCCAUAUUGAGUGCCGUUAAAUCCAACAUCGACCAUUUGGCCAACAAACAGUUGGUGGACAAUUCUCUGGUACAUGCAGUGAUUUUGGAAUAUUUAUCAGAAUGUGAAGAAGAUAAAAUGGAAGAAACAGUGAGUGCUUUCGCGCCCCUUAUACCACUUAUGUUAACAACCAAGGAAGGCACACAAGCGGCAAUAACUUGUUUUUACAAAUCUACACCUAAAAAUAGAAGAGCUAUAAUAAAAACCAUCAAAGAUCACUUGAUAAAAAUUAGUACACACGAGCAUGGGCAUAUUUUCUUAAUAGCUCUAGUAAACAGUCUUGAUGAUACAAAAGCAACUAAGAAAGCAAUUUACGACAAUUUGCAUCCAGAAUUGAAAACACUGAUGGAAAAUCAGUGGGGCCGCCGCGUCAUUGAAUGGUUUGUGGUGCCUGCAGAUACAAAUUGUUUCCAUCCCAGCUUCAUAACAACCAUUAAUGAUGGAUUGCAAUAUGGCAAAAAAGAUAAAGAUGCUAGACGCAAAGAAAUAUUCGAACAGAUCGAAGAGCCCUUAUCUACAGCGAUUUCUGAAGAUCCGAAAUUCUGGUUGUCAAAUCGUCAUAUUGGACUCGUCACCGUCGAAAUAUUGAAGAAAUUAACCCAAGAGUACUUUGAGAGAGCUGCAACAGCGCUCGCUGAUAUUAUUGUCGAUGCAACAUGGACUGUAACUGUAGAAGAGGAAGGAAAGGUGAAAAACACAAAGAGCGUACACGAUGUAGAGAAAAUAAUCGCAGACGCAACCAAAUUGAAGAAACAAAAACGCUUGGCAGCUGCAGCUGAGGUUAAUAAAACACAAGCCGACUCAUCAGAUGAGGAAGCCGAAGAGAAUAAAGAGUCAGCCGAUGUAGUAACAGUGCGAGGCAUAGAGGAGUCUGGUCUGCAUAUUGUAUUGAAGAAGAUUAUCAAAAAUGAUAAAGAACGUUUGACCCAAAACGAAGGAGCAGCAACAUUUGGUUCAAUUCUCGUUCAAAAACUCAAUGCUGAAACCCUACAAGACUGGUUGAAAGUUAAUCGAGCUUGUUUCAUAUUAUUAAAUAUUUUUGAGCAAAAUACUGAAGCUGUAAAAUCGGCACUGAAAGAACUGCUUAAGCCAUUAUGUGAAGUGCUGAAAAAGGAAAAGGGUGCUGGGCAAAAACUAUUACUGAAUAAAAUGGAAUUUUAAUAUAGUAUAGUUGGAUUUAUUUUAAUUUUAUCAUAUGUAGUUUUGAUAAUUUUAAUGGAUUACUUGUUUAGCUAACAAUAUGAAAUCAAAAACAUUUACAGAUUUCGUACAGAUAAAAUAAAAAAUUUAGUUAUUAGAAAU